AUGGACGACUCAAAGCCUUCCGACGAUGUAGAAGUCAAGAAUCGCAAGUCCGGACUGACUUUAGAGCCAAUCAUGUUGUUAAUGUGUCUCGGAAUAAACGCAAACCUGAUGGUGCAGACUAAUCUAUUUGAAGAACGUGUAUGCCUUCAUAGUGAUCUCGGACAAAAUAAGUCUGUGAAUUGUUACAAUAUGACUGCAGCAGAUCUGGAAAUAGUUCAGCCGGCUGUGGCAGAUUUACAGAUGAUUAAAAAUCUGAUCGAGACAUUGGUGCCUUGUAUAACUUCAUUGUUUUUAGGCCCCUGGAGUGAUGUAAACGGUCGCUUGCCUUUGUUAUUAACAGCAAUCUCAGGUAUGGUAAUUUCUAACUGUAUGUACAGUGCAUUUUCUACGAUACCAAGUCUGUCUCCAAUAAUGUUUUUGCUGUGCAGCAUACCUGUUGCUGUAAGUGGUGGCUAUGGUGCAUUGUUUAUGGCUGCAUCAUGUUAUAUUGUUGACAUCACCGAUUGCAAAUCAAGAGCUUUCAGGUUAGGGGUGUUAUUUGCAUUUGUCAGCUUUGGCUCAAUUCUUGGAUCUGUACUGAGUUCAAUAUUGUAUGGUAAAUCUACUACUUAUUCUUUUUGCCUAUCAUCUUUUGUUUCCAUUGUUGGACUUCUUUAUACGUAUAUUUUUCUAAAGGAAACAAUAGUCGUCAAAAAGGGUGAGGAUACAAAACUUUUCAAUAUUAAACUGGUAAAAGAUAUGUGGCAAACUGUUACAAAACAACGAUUUGGCUAUUUAAGAUCCAUAAUUAUACUAUCUGCAGUGUUAUUAACUCUCAAUUUAAUCGUUUUAUUUGGAGAAGCUUCCUUCAUAUACAUGUACCUACAGAAACAAUUUUUGUGGACGUUGGAAAACUAUACACCAUUUCUUGUAUACACGACACUGAUACACGCCACCAUUCCUGUGAUCGGUCUGUACGUUUUGAACACCAAACUACAAUUGCCUGAAAUGUAUAUCGGCACUGCUUUUGCAGCGCUGGGAAUUUUUGAAAAGGUUGGUUUGGCGUACUCAGUGCACCCGUGGCAAUUUUAUGCCAUGAAAACUGUCGGAUACACAGUGUACAUCAGUCAAUCGUUGGUUCGGUCUCAAUUAUCCAAGAGUCUUCCGUCUGAAGAUAUAUGUAAAAUAUUUGCAUUCUUAAGUGUGAUCGAAAAUUUUGGAGUAUUACUCUACUCACCAAUGUACACUGCGGUCUACGUUACAACAAUCCACGAUUUCGCAAAUUGUUUCUUUUUCUUAUCGGCAAUACUUGGAACAUUGGUAUUUGUUUUAUUUGGAACUAUAUCAUUCUUACUUUCAAGAAGCACCAUCACUGAUGAUAUGUUAGUUGAAAACCAAUUUUAA